GAAACUACAAGACAAGUUACAAAAAAAAAAAAUCAAAAAAAUCAAAAAUGGAGAUCUGCAAAUUAUUCGCUGUAGUAUUCGUCUCCGUCGUCCUCUACUCCAUCCAGGCGACAGCACAAGGAGGAGACGGUGACGUGGCGGGUUGCCUGCAAAAACUGCUGCCGUGUCAGCCGUACAUACUCAAGGUGAACCCGCCGCCGCCGUCGUCGUGUUGCGGGCCAAUGAAAGAACUGGUGGAUAAAGACGCGGUGUGUUUAUGCACCGUUUUUAACAAUCCGGAGAUACUGCAAAAACUCAACCUCACCAAAGAUAAAGCUCUUGAUCUCCCUAAAGCCUGUGGAGUUAAUCCUGACGUCUCAAAAUGCUCCAAAAUCGCUACUUCUUCCCCUCCUCCCCCUGCGUCGCCGGGAUCAACCAGUGGAGGCUCUUCCGUUCAAGCUGUCAGUUUCAUCGGACUUGUCUUUGCGGCUGCUUUUGUGGCAAGAAACUUAUUUUGAUCAUGUCAUCUCUAUAUUUUUAUUUUUAUGAUGUCAUCCUUAUAUUUUAUGUUUUUGUUGUCAGCAUUUUAUAUGCUUAUGUUGUGUCAAAAUACUGUUAGUGUUUCAUUUUAAUAGUAUAUUCUAAUAUAGUAGAAUUUUCA